CCCUCCCUCUCUCUCUCAUACACAUUCGCACCAGCUGUGCCGUUGUCAGUCUUGGAAUGUAAGCACUGCCGCGAGGAGUCAGGUUCUCCCCCGCUAAGCGCUGCUAAGGACCUCAGUCAGUCACACACACGGAUGCUAAGCUGUCUGAAUCAAAAGGAAACUCAAGGACAUCGAGGAGAGGAAUACAAUGUCUGUACUGUUGACGCUGCCUUCCAGUCUUGGUCCAAUCGCAAGUUCAUCGCCUUAAUUCAGAAGUCGUCCGGGAGCGUUCGCCAGCCGAUCGGGUACCAUGAUAACCGAUCGGGUCGUGCUGCUGCUGGUGCUCUCCGUCCUGUGGCCCAGCACCGCCCUGCCUUUCACGCCUGGGAAUAUCGGGAAUCUGUUUGGGAUGCCAGACAGUGACGGCAGGACUCUGCAGCGCUCCAAACGGGGAUGGAUGUGGAAUCAAUUCUUUCUGCUGGAGGAAUACGCAGGAAAUGACCAUCAAUACGUCGGCAAGCUGCACUCCAACAUGGACCGAGGCGACGGCAACGUGAAGUACGUCCUGACCGGAGACGGCGCCGGCAGCCUGUUCCUGAUCGACGAGAAGUCCGGGGACAUCCACGCCACCAAGAGGCUGGACCGGGAGGAGAAGGCCAUGUACUCGCUCAACGCCAAGGUGCUGGACCGCAGAACCAACCUGGAGCUGGAGCCCGACACCGAGUUCAACAUCAAGAUCCACGACAUCAACGACAACGAGCCAAAGUUCGCCAAGGAGACCUACUUCGCCAGCGUCCCCGAAAUGUCCGAAGUUGGUACAUCUGUUGCCACAGUAACCGCUAACGAUGCCGACGAUGAAACGUAUGGGAACAGUGCCAAGCUGGUAUACAGCAUUCUGCAGGGACAGCCAUAUUUCUCUGUGGAUUCUGAAAAUGGCACCAUCAAGACAGCCCUGCCUGGCAUGGACAGAGAAGUCAAGGAAAACUACCAGGUUGUGAUCCAGGCCAAAGACAUGGCCGGACAGAUGGGGGGGCUCUCGGGGACCACCACAGUCAGCAUCACCCUCUCCGACGUCAACGACAGCCCGCCGCGCUUCGCCAACCAUUCCUUCCGGGUGACCACCGUGGAGUCUACCGAGAUCGGAGGCGCCAUUGGACGCAUCAAGGCUGAUGAUCCAGAUGUUGGGCGCAAUGCUGAGAUGGAGUACAGUAUCGUCGGGGGCCAUGACACAUUCAACAUUAUCACAGACCAAACCACACAGGAGGGAGUCAUCAUAAUAAAAAAGGCCCUGGAUUACGAAAGUAAGAGGGACUACGAGUUCAGAGUGGAGGUGAAAAACACCUACCUGGACGCCAGGUUCAUCCACGGUUUGCAGUUCAAAGACUACGCCACGGUCAAGGUGACCGUGGAGGACGUGGACGAGCCCCCGGUUUUCACCAGGAACCCUUACAUCAUCGAGGUGCACGAAGACACGGCGGCCGGCAGCUUCGUCGGCGUGGUGUCGGCCAGGGACCCCGACGCCGACACCAAGCCCGUCAAGUACUCCAUUGAUCGGCACACAGACCUGGAGAGGCUGUUCAACAUCGAUUCUGUGAACGGAACCAUCACAACACUGAAAGCCCUGGACAGAGAAAUGUCCAAAUGGCACAACAUCUCUGUGGUGGCCACUGAAAUAAAUAACCCUCGGCAGACCACUCGGGUGCCCGUGUUCAUCAAGGUGUUGGAUGUCAACGACAACGCCCCUGAGUUUGCCAUGUCCUACGACACAUUCGUAUGCGAGAACGUCAAAGCCGGACAGCUGAUUCAGACAAUAAGUGCCGUUGACACGGACGAACCGCUCGUUGGACACAAGUUUGUCUUUAGCAUAAGUGCCACCAAUCCGAACUUCACCAUUGCCGACAGGGAAGACAACACCGCCAACAUCCUGACCCGGAGGGGAGGCUUCAGCCGGCGGGAGAUGAGCAUGUACUUCCUGCCCGUGGUGAUCUCAGACAACGACUACCCCAUCCAGAGCAGCACCAGCACGCUGAUUGUGCGCGUGUGCGCCUGUGACAGCCGCGGGAACAUGCAGACCUGCAACCCGGAGGUCCUGCCCUUCUCAGACGGCCUCACGACCGGGGCGCUGGUGGCCAUACUGCUCUGCGUCGUCAUCCUCCUCAUGAUCGUGGUGCUGUUUGCUGCCCUGCGGAGGCAGAGGAAGAAGGAGCCUCUGAUCAUCUCCAAAGAGGAUGUCAGAGACAACGUCGUCAGCUACAACGACGAAGGGGGCGGAGAGGAGGACACGCAGGCCUUUGAUAUCGGCACGCUGCGCAACCCGGAGGUGAUGGACGCUAACAAGCUGCGGCGGGACAUCAUCCCCGAAAUGCUGUUCCCCUUUCGGAGGACGUCACCGAUAAAGGAUAACGCCGACGUCAGAGACUUCAUCAGCGGGCGGCUCCAGGAGAACGACGUGGACCCGACGGCGCCGCCCUACGACUCCCUGGCCACGUACGCGUACGAGGGCAGCGGCUCGCUGGCGGAGUCCCUCAGCUCGCUGGAGUCGGGCGCCACCGAGGGGGACCACGACUACGACUACCUCAGCAGCUGGGGGCCGCCCUUCAAAAAGCUGGCCGAGAUGUACAUCGGGAAGAGCCCCGACAGAGAGGCCUAGGCGGCCCUUUGGUCCCGGCCACAUUUUCUGCCUGUUUAUCUGGCUAGCUAGCCAGACAGCCAUUUGUCUAGUUAGUCAGCUAGCCAGCUAGCCUGUCCACCUAUCUAUCCAGCUAUCUAUCUGUUUAUCUGUCCAGUUCGCUAGCUCGCUAGUCCACCAGUAGUCUGUUUGACGCGUCAGAGGAUUCCUGCGUUCUGCUCGUGGAUGCUGACAUGGAACUCCAGACUUGAACCGAGUGGACGUUUUUUCUCAUUAACGGAGACACAGUAUAAUUCUCAAAGUUUUACGGUUUUUGAUCAUAAUCAGUAAAGAUGCCUUUGAAUUUUAGGAUUCUUUGUGAACAAUGGUGUGGACAAUGUGUUUUGUAAUUGAUCUGAGAGAUAGUAGUCUUGUAUACUAUCAAUGUUUAUUGGCACCGAAAGGCUUUUGGGGCGGACUACAGAAGGAGUCCAGUGGUUUUUCCAGCCACCUCCAUUAAAUACUGUAAAUGUACAAAGUGUUUUUAAUGAUGGACAUCCUAUGUACUAUUUGCUAUAUUCGUUUGACAGGCAAUGUUCAUGUGAGUGGUUGGUGCAGUUUAUUUGUCAAACUGUGAAUUCAUUUAAUCAUUUAGGUGUAAUAUGUAAUGGAAAGUGUAUGUUGUAGGAACACUGUCAUACACUGGCAAUUCACGCUGUUCGAAUGCUGAGUCACACUGUUUUAUAUUUAUAUUUUUAUACUUAUUUUCUUAAUAAAAUGAUGUAAAAAAGAAGGAAA